CGUUUCUGUUUCUGUACAAAAAAAAAAUAAAUUUAAUGUAACACUUUUUCCAAUAUCACUAACAUGUUGCACACUAAACAAUCAGGACCAGAAACCAGUGGAAAUAGUUUGUUUGUUCUCCUAAAAACAUUUUCAGAAUUAAAAUGGAAAUAUUUUCAUUGGUGUUCAUCGAAUGCCAUCCCCAUUUAUAUCAUUAUGGAUAUAGAUUUAUACAUGGUUAUGGACCUCAAUAUUAUGGAGGCGCUUGUUUGCACCACGGCACGAGACUGGGCUAUAGUACUGCACGGCACCACUAUGGAGAUUUUUAUUGAUAAACAAACACUAUACAGUAAUUUUAAACAGCAGCAAUUAAAUGUAUUGGAUUGCAUUCCGGGUAGGUAUAGUAAAAAAAGUCACCAAAAUUAUAAAAAUGCUUAAAUAGACAUCUAUGCUAAUGUUUUGAAAUGGUGGUUUAUUUUUAUUUUUAUUAUGACAAAAUAAAUAGAAAUUGGGACUCUGUU